CAAGAACUUCCUGGGCCAGCCAUGCAAACGAAGCCCACCAUAUUUUAGCACGUCCGCUCGCUGUCAGAGCUCCCAUCAUUCACCGACGACGGCGUCGGAGUCCCACGAGCAGUGAUCGGACGAUUUCCAUUUUCAAGUAGGGGAUAAUUCUAUCUACAAUGCCACAUCACACCCGGCCCAUGGCAGCUCUACUGGUGUUUACGGGACUCAAUGCCGUUCUUGUCUCGACCAUCACUCCAGUCUAUGAUUUCGUGUGCUUCCUGCCUUACUGGGAAAGAAGGAGGAAAGAGAGAAGAACUGGAGAUAGAAAAUUGAGAUCUUGAUCGUGCUGAGGACCUGACUGUGAUCUAGUUAUGAGCCCGUGUCCCACCCAUAGCUUAUUAGAUUGAUGAAGUCUUCUGUGGAUUUGAGUGCCAUUUAGAUUGUCAGUUGCCAAUUUUUAACUUUCCUUAUUUCUCUGCUUUAAUAUCUCAAUUCAUUUACAUCUCGGGUGAUUAUAUAGAGAGAACAGCGACGCCAGGAACAUGAAGGUGCCGUACCAAAGGUUUCAGGCUCUGAAACAACAUAAACUACUAUGGUGUCAGGUCUUUUAUACUAGUUGCUGCUUCCUUACCAGAAGUUUGCCCGGAAUCAGUUCAAUGUGCCACUCUUUCGCUGCAAGCUACAGGUCAGGGGCCCUUCUAUCACAUUGACUAUACAAGUAGCUUGUAUCCAAGGAAUGGCGCACAGUGUGUUCAUUGUACUUAGUGGGUUUAUCAAUGGGUUCAUCUCAAGCAUGAUACAGUUGAUAUGAAAAUAAUAGUGAUUUUUAAAUCAUACGACCUUUUGUCAA